AUGACCAAUCAGUAUUACUUGGCAAUUGUUGGACGCCAUGACAAUCCACUCUUUGAGAUUGAAUUGUCGGCUACUAAAGGUGGCGAUUUUUGUCCCAAGCGACCUAACGGACUAUCAAUACUAGAAAUUGUGGAGCGGUACGCCUCCAAAGUUGAAAUAGAUUCCAAUUCCAGUACAAUGGCAAAUACUACCAAGAAUUUAGCGAUAAAAGUACACGCAAUUAAUAUUUCAACGGUUCCUCAAGAAUUUCUUACUUGGGCUGAUACUGAAUUCGAUAGUAAAACGAAGUUAAGAUUACCAGUGGAAGAUAUUUUAAAGGAACCAAUGAUUAAUAGGUGGGUUACAAUAUCAUAUUUGAAUCUUCAUAAAUCCAUUCCAACAAGUCGGAUUGGUAAUAUAACAUGUGGAUGGGCGCUAAAUGGCUGCGGAUUGUCUGUAAGCAGUAAUAUAACCCAUGGCACCUGUAUUUGUAAUCAUACGGGAACAAUUGCGGCUUUGAUGCUGAUAGUUCCUGCCAAGAUUAUUAAACUUCAACCAUUCCUUGUUGUGGCUUGUGUGCUAUCGGUUAUUUGCAUUGCUGCUACUGUACUAAUUCAUGUAACUUAUUGGCAACUCGUAAAAGGAACACUUUCCCACAUUAAUCUGCAAAUGUUUAUCUCCAUAUUUGUCACGGAUAUAAGUUUACUUUCUGGAUUGGCCUCUACAGAGUCUGAGUUUUUCUGCGGAUUUACUGCUAUCUUGCUGCAUUAUACUAUACUAGCAGCCCUAAUGUGGAUGAUAAGCCGCAAUCUGCAUAUUUUAUAUAUGCUAGCAAAAGGAAAUCGAGUCAAAAAUAAUUUUAAAAUAUACGCUAUUUUAUCCAUAGGCAUACCGUUUUCAAUUUCCUUUUUAACGGCUAUAAUUACUAUAUUGGGGACGAGCUUUGAUGAUUACAUAGACAGAGAUCCUACAGCCUGCUGGUUGAGCAAUGAUCCACCAAUUCUCUUGACGUGCUUUGUGCCGCUCCUCGUAUUAGGCUUGGGAAAUUGUGUUUUAAUCGCCUGCUCCUAUAUCAAGAUUAAAAACAGGCCAAUUACUACGAAGAAAGACAACGAUCGGUAUUUCAAUACGGGAUUAUUCAUAGCCAUUAUAUUCGGUUUUAGGAAUGUAUUCUUAGCAGACUACAGCAAUGGAAGAUCAAAAGAAAAUCUUGAUAUUAAACUAGUUAAAAGGCAGCGAAAAAUGAAAGAGCGAGCAUUGCUCAAUGUACAAAAGAGUAAAUCUGCUACAGCUAGUGGUAAAAACCAUGACAAAGGCGAAAAUGAUAUCACUGAGGUAUAA